AUGGUUACUACAGCCGAUGCGGCUGAUGUUACUAGGGAAGCUCCUGUCGAGCCUACUACUGUUGCACAAACGACCAGCACAGUAGCUCCCUCGGAAGUAACUACAUCUCCGGGUGUUACUGGAGAGGCCGCAUCCACCACAUUUGCUGCUACUACAACAGACUACGUCUCCACCGAAGCCGCGACUACGGCUGACUUCCCAGUAGCUACUGCCGCUACCACCGUUGAUGCCACCACCGAAGCCCCAGCUACAACGACUGAGGCGACCGAUGCUCAGACUACUCCUAGCCCAGGUGUAUGA